AUGGAAGGCCAAUUUCAAAUAUUAUUUGAAAAAAUGAAAUUAGAGAUGCAAAACCAAAAUGCUGAACUGAAGGAUUCUAUAACAAAUAGUAUUAUGGAAAAGAUGGAUGACAAACUAAUCCCUAUUAUCGAAGAAAAUAAGAACCUGAAAACUGAAAUAGGAAAACUAAAAAAAGAAAUCGAUUUUCUUAAGAGGGCUGAAAAAAACAAUAAUAUUAUAAUAUUCGGAUUAGAAGAAAACGAAAAAUCCUCUUAUGAACUGAUACAAAAGCUCAAAGAAGCCUUUAAUCAAGACUUGAAUAUUAAAGUGGAAGAAUACGAUAUCAACAAAAUUCACCGCUUAGGAAAUAGAAAUAGAGAGAGCAACAAACCGAGACCAGUGCUAUGCUCGUUUAUUAGCAACUGGAAAAAGACCGAAAUUGUCAAAAACAAAAAGAACCUAAAAACUAUAUACAUUGCGGAGGAUUAUUCGAAGGAUGUGUUGGAAAAAAGAAAAGAGCUUCAAACCAAAUUGAUCGAAGAGAGACAAAAGGGCAAUAUAGCAUACCUGAAAUACGACAAACUAGUUGUCAAAGAAAACAACUAUAGCCAAGAGAAAAGGAAAAGGGAUAUAUCCGCCUCACCCUCCUCAGAUAACAGCCAACCAAAAAAACAACAAACCGUAAACACAAUGAAGACAAACAGGACAAAUGCUUUCGAUUUAAUGCGGUAUAGAUCCAGCUCGCUGUCGAAUAUGCCUAAUACGCAUAAAAACCAAUAGCAACUAACAAACGGCAAACGGAAACCAAAACCAACCAAAGAAACUAGGAAAAAAGAAUUAAAACUACGAACUCCCCCAAGCCGACUGGUCCUCGAGGGGGAAAGCGACCACAACCCUCCAACGUCUAAAAACAACAGCCACCGAAAAUCAGUAAUUUACAUAUCAUCCCUUAAUGUACUCACCCUGGGAAAAGAAGAAAAUCUUA